AUGGCACACUGAGAGCGGGUGCAUUCAAGGCCUGGCAGAAAAUGGGAAAAUAUACCAUCGAUUUAAACGUCGUUUGAAUACGCGUAUAUAUGAUUUGGCAACGUUAAAGCAACACUGGUAAACAUUACAAGCGUAAGUAUAUGUAUGUAAUACCAGCUACAAACAGCAAAUGUAUGAACUCCAGCUUUUAGAAAUGGACACCAGUGCAUUCCGGUAACACAAAUGCAGCAAAGCCCGAGCUCUUGAUGUGCCAGCCAAUGUGACAACAGCUAAAGCUAAGGCUAUUAGCCGCAUGCUAACAGCUCAGUCUACAAGUCGGCGAGUGCCUCUUGUUUUUACAUCUUUCCUCUCCCCUACCGUCCGGCGUGUGUGCGUCUAAACAUGACGACCUUCAGAGCCUUGUGUCGAGCGGACACUUUAAAACACCUCUCCAGUCCAUGCAGAACUGCUUUCAACUUCGACAAGCCUCAAUUGAGCAAGACGUGUACCUGCUACUUUUCGACCUCCAGCCAGAGAAGUUCGCAGUUCUAUUUCGAUCCAACAGAGGCCGUCAAAGACAUACCGGACGGUGCGACUGUGUUGGUCGGAGGCUUUGGAUUAUGUGGCAUUCCAGAGAAUCUCAUCAAUAGUUUACUGAAGACAGGCGUGAAGGGUCUCACUGCAGUCAGCAACAAUGCCGGAGUGGAUAAUUUUGGCCUGGGCCUGCUCCUUCAGACCAAGCAGAUCAAGAGAAUGAUCUCGUCCUAUGUGGGGGAAAAUGCAGAGUUUGAGCGACAGUAUCUAUCUGGAGAGUUGGAGGUGGAACUGACCCCACAGGGCACCCUAGCAGAGAGAAUUCGAGCUGGCGGUGCAGGGAUUCCCGCCUUCUUCACCGCUACUGGUUAUGGCACGCUGAUCCAGCAGGGAGGCUCUCCUAUCAAGUACAACAAGGAUGGCAGCAUCGCCAUUGCCAGUGAAAAACGAGAGGUACAGGAGUUCAAUGGCAGACACUACCUCAUGGAGAAGGCCAUCACUGGAGACUUUGCUCUGAUCAAGGCAUGGAAAGCCGACAGGGCUGGAAACGUUGUUUUCAGGAAAACGGCCAGAAAUUUCAACCAGCCCAUGUGCAAGGCAGCCAAAACCACUAUUGUUGAGGUAGAAGAAGUGGUGGACGUUGGGACUUUUGCUGCAGAGGACAUCCACAUCCCCAGCAUCUACGUCCACAGGGUUGUCCAGGGAGGCAACUAUGAAAAGAGGAUCGAGAAACGCACAGUAAAGAAAACCCAAGAGAAGCCCAAACCAAAGAAGGAUUCCGAUAUUGUCCGGGAAAGGAUAAUACGCCGAGCAGCUCUGGAGUUUGAGGAUGGGAUGUAUGCUAACCUCGGUAUUGGCAUCCCCAUGUUGGCCAGCAAUUUCAUCAAACCAGACAUGACUGUGCAUCUGCAAAGCGAAAAUGGAAUUUUAGGACUGGGCCCAUACCCCACCGACGCUGAAGUAGAUGCAGACCUGAUUAAUGCUGGCAAAGAGACUGUCACGGUGCUCCCUGGAGCAGCCUAUUUCUCCAGCGAUGAGUCAUUUGCCAUGAUCCGAGGCGGUCACAUCAACCUGACAAUGCUGGGGGCCAUGCAGGUGUCAAAGUAUGGGGACCUAGCCAACUGGAUGAUCCCGGGUAAGAUGGUGAAGGGAAUGGGUGGAGCCAUGGAUUUGGUGGCCAGUGCUGGAACCAAGGUGGUGGUCACCAUGGAGCAUUCGGCAAAGGGGGGUAAACACAAGAUAUUGGACAAGUGCCUCCUCCCUCUCACGGGCAAGCAGUGUGUGGAUCGGAUCAUCACAGAAAAGGCCGUGUUUGAUGUGCAUAAGACAACAGGUCUUACCCUGAUAGAAGUGUGGGAGGGACUCACUCCAGACGACAUCAAGGGGUGUACCGGUGCAGAUUUUGAGGUGUCCUCCAACCUGCGGCCCAUGCAGCAAAUAUAGAUGUUCAUCUUUCAGUGUGUUACGUUUGGUGAUCACAUAGCCUACAUACAGGUCAAAGCCCUUUUUAUUAAACACCGACUCAAGCAAUCAGAAGGAUUAGUCAUCAAACAAUUGUAAUUUAUUAAUUCCGGUUACUGAAUAAUCCUUCUGAGACUGCCUUCGCAGGCAGAGAUUAUUUUCAUGUCAAUUGAAAUGCACCUGUAAUAGUGCUUAUGAUGCAGUAACUACACAAAAAAUUGAGAGAACUAUGCACCAAUGAACGAGUUAUUUGAAAGAGUUGCAAAAAAACAUACUCCGUCUCAGGUGAGUCCUCAUCUGACACUCAAUGAAAUGUCAAUGUAGCGUUCUGUCUGUGAGUGUACAAAAGUGGAAAUGUAGGCCAAAUACUUGGCAAGAACCUUUUGCCUUAUAUCCACUCUGCCUCUGCUUUUGUACAAGCAAUAAAACUGCUUGCUUCGGGGAAUAACUUUUUUUGGUGU